AGGGUGUUUUGGGGGAUGAUCCUGCCUGCCUGCCUCCUCCUGUCCCUGUGCCUGGGGCUCUGCCAGUGCCUUGGGUCCUUUGUGCACUGUGAGCCUUGUGAUGAGAAGGCCAUGUCUAUGUGCCCUCCUGCCCCAGUGGGGUGUGAGCUGGUGAAGGAGCCAGGCUGUGGGUGCUGCAUGACUUGUGCCCUGGCUGAGGGGCAAUCUUGUGGGGUCUAUACUGAGAGAUGUGCUGGGGGUCUGCGCUGUCUCCCCAAGCAAGGGGAGGAGAAGCCCCUGAAUGCCCUGCUCCAUGGUCGGGGAGUCUGCCUCAAUGAGAAGAGCUACAGGGACCAGCUGAAGCCAGAGAGAGAAUCAAGAGAGGAAGAUCCAACGACAUCAGAGAUGGCCGAGGAUAGCUAUCCGCUCAAGCAUCGCAAGUUGGGGCGCCUGCCGGAGCACAAAGUGAUGGCGCUGAACAAUCACCGGCAGAAGAAGCAGUUCAUCGCCCGCAUCGUUCCGCUGGAGAGCAAAGACCAACCUAACGGUUCUCCCGAUCACGUCAUGGAGUCGGAAAUGGGUCCAUGCCGUAGGCAAAUGGAAACCAUCAUGCAAGACAUGAAAAUGUCUCAUCGCGUCUACCCAAGAGCAUUUUACCUUCCUAACUGUGACCGGAAAGGCUUCUUCAAAAGGAAACAGUGCAAACCUUCCAGGGGCCGUAAGCGUGGAAUCUGCUGGUGCGUUGAUAAAUACGGACUGAAGCUUCCCGGGAGCGACUAUGCAGCUGCCGACCUGCAAUGCCACAGCUUCGACAGCAGCAACGUCGAGUGAUUCUUCGCUCCCGCAACGUCCUGAACGCCAUCAUUUCUAAAAAAAAAAACAAAAAAUUUCCUUUUUUUAUUUCGAGGAUACCCAGAGAGAUUUUUCUUUUUUUUGUUCGUUUGUUUUUUUUUUUUUCCUCAUCCCAUCUCCCCAACGCCGAAAGAUUCGAUACCUUUUAGUUGGAGAAGAAAAAGAAAUAAUGACGACAACGAAACAGAAGCCAAGGAAAGUUAUCGCAGAGAAAAAAAAAAUGGAGUGGAUUUUGAGGCAACAGAAAAGUGAAAAAAAAAAAAAAAGAGGGGGGCCAAAUCUGAACGAUCCCUCGGAAAAGCACUGUUGCUAUUUUUUAUUUUUUUUUCUUGUAUUUUUGGGAAAA